UAUGACGGUGUCGUGUCAGUCUUAUUCACAACCCGUCAAACUUUUCUGUAGUAGAUAUAUAUGAAAAUCAUAAGUUGACUUUCUUUAAAAGGUCAUGUAAUAUUUGCGGCUCUAAACGACUUUUACUUAGCUAGACUGAAGGCUAAAAUAGUUGCAGAUCACCGCAGAUGGGUGGGCCUUACAAUAACAUCACAGUUGCACUGCUUCCAAAGUUUCGUUCUGUGAGCCAGGGACUACACUAGUGUCCGAAUUCACGAAAGCACACGCAAGCAAACCCCUUUUUCACGCUUCCGAGUUUUGCGGAUGUGGGGUUUGACAACUUCCGGUGGCUAUCGCGUUAGCAUUAAAAGGCUUGGAAAAUGGCUCAAUCUCGGCGCAGUUGUUUUUGUUCAGUCCCUGGUUGUUCAUGUGGGGCAAGAAAACAGCCAUAUCUGUCCUAUCAUUCGUUCCCGACGGACCCGGACCAACGGAGGCAGUGGAUCCACGCGAUCCGUAGAGAUGAAGGUCCCGACUUUUGCAUAAAGACAGGGAGCACGUUCGUAUGUAGCCGCCAUUUCACACUGGAGGAUUUUGUUAGCGGAUCCACCAUCAGCCGCCUUAGAAGUGGAGCUGUUCCUUCCCUUUUUGCCUGGAAUAACUUCACUGCACCAGCAACAAGGAAGUCUGCUUUUAAUUGGGCUAAGAAACGGCAGUUUGUCCUCUCUCAGAAAGCUAGCCAGGCUAAAGAUGCUACUGCAGACCAUGAUUAUGUGGCACAUCCACCCGCAGGUGCACUUGAUGAAGCUCUGGAUUAUAUCAAGGAGUUGGAGGCCAGACUUCAAAACGUGGAUUUGUCUGCCACACUCUUUAGCCGCUACUGCGCCUCUGAUGACCAGAUCCGAUUCUACACCAAAUUUCCAUCUGAAUGUGUGUUCCGGGUCUUCUGGGAGUCCAUUGCACCCUCUGCAUCACACCUUGUGUACUGGACCACAGCACAGAAACUUGGAGAGGAAGCAUGUGCUGAAGCCAGCCCUGCCCGCUGCAUGCCUCUGAUUGAUGAGUUCCUUAUGUACUCAUUCAAGGUAGCAGUGGGCAUGAAGGAGCAGCUCAUUGCUGACAUGUUUCAAGUCAGCAUAGCAACUGUCAGCCGAGUGACCAUCACUUGGGCCAACUACCUCUUCAUUGUGUUCUCUUCCAUCAACCUGUGGAUUAGUCGUGAGAAAGUAAAAGCCAGUAUGCCUCAGAGAUUUCUGAAGUUCUCUCCAAAUGUCCGUGUCAUCUUGGACUGCACAAAAGUUGCUCUGGAGAUGCCAUCAUUCCUCACCUUACAGUCUGAAACGUUCUCUGCCUACAAGAACCACAUCACUCUGAAAGGGCUGAUUGGAGUUGCACCCUGUGGGAUGGUGACAUUUAUUUCAGUGUUGUACAGAGGCUGCAUCUCAGACAAAGAAAUAACGAAGGUCAGUGGAAUUCUUCCUCUGCUUGAGCUGGGAGAUGAAGUCAUGGCAGAUAAAGGCUUCCUCAUUCAAGACCUCCUACAUGAAGUUGGAGCCAAACUCAUCAUUCCACCAUUUAGGCAUCCUGGCCAGUUCAGCAAGAAAGAGACAGAGGAGACCCAGACCAUUGCUCGACUGCGGAUCAUUGUAGAGCGAGCAAUCGCUAGAGUAAAGUGCUACCACAUCUGGGAUUCUCCGGUGCCUCUCACUUUAAUAGGAACUGUCAAUCAAAUCUGGCACAACUGUUGUGUUUUGGCAAAUUAUCAAGGCCCAUUUUGUGUUCCAGACUAAAUUAUUUCUGUAUGUUAAUUGUUGUAGUGCUA